AUAUAGAUUUCAGAAACCCUAGAAAGUAUUCCCAUCUUCUUCCUCUCUUCAUUUUGGACCUUUCUCUCUCCUCGCCGCACUUAGCUUCAUUCUCUCUCUCUUCCGCACCAUCUUCAUCGCCGAUCGUCGUUCCACCACGCGCUGGCCGUCGUUCUCGCUUGAUUUUCAGAUUUGCGGACACAAUUUUGUGCAAUAUGAGGGGAAGGAGCUACACUCCAUCGCCACCAAGGGGUUACAGUCGAAGAGGACGAAGUCCAAGCCCAAGGGGUCGCUAUGGGGGUCGUAGCAGAGAUCUUCCUACUAGUCUUCUAGUCCGUAAUCUUCGCCAUGACUGUAGGCAAGAUGAUCUUCGCAGGCCAUUUGGACAGUUUGGUCCUCUUAAGGAUAUCUAUUUGCCAAAAGAUUAUCAUACUGGGCAACCGCGUGGAUUUGGUUUUGUCCAAUUUGUAGAUCCGCAAGAUGCUGCUGAGGCUAAAUAUCAUAUGGAUGGCCAGAUUCUUCUUGGUCGGGAGGUUACUGUUGUGUUUGCUGAGGAGAAUAGGAAGAAGCCAUCUGAUAUGAGGGCACGGGAGCGAGGAAGCAGCCGUGGAAACUAUCGUGAUCGAAGACGUUCUCCUCCUCGCUAUUCUCGAUCUCCACCUCCACGUCUAGCAGGAUCACGAUCUCAUAGCCGAGACUAUUAUUCUCCACCUAAAAGGAGGAAUUACUCAAGAUCUGUGUCUCCACAGGAGAGAAGGUACAGCCGAGACAGGUCGUACUCUCGUUCUCCACCAUAUAAUGGAUCAAGGAGCCCAAGUCGAAGCCCAGCUAGGGGUCCAAGUGGAGCUAGAAGUCCAAGCCAUAGUCGAAGCCGAAGCCGAAGCCCAAAGAGAAGCCUUAGCCGAAGUCCAAAUCGCUACCCAGAUGAACCAAAUGGUAGUAGGUCUCCAUCUCCAUGAGUUAAGCCCCCGAUAUGCUGUUGUUGUCUGAUUUCAUGUAGGUAAUAUAAACCGAGUUGUUGUUUGUCAAGCCGCCAUUGUUGGGAUUUUCUUAAACUUGUUUGUGAUUUCUGUUCAGAUUAGAGAGGAUUAUGACAUCUGAUGUUAGAAAAUAUUGAUUCUCUAUCCUUGAAAGAAUUUGUGCUGCUAA